AUGAAGCCUUUGUCUUCUUUAAGAAUUCAUCUUGAACCACCGGCCGAUUUCAUGUUAACAUUAGAAAAGGAUCUAAAUGUUAAACUGGCCUUGCUUGACAUCAACGUCUGCCACAUUUAUUCCAAGGAGAUACACGCUGGGCUGCAGAACUCCUCUCUUUUUCUCAGCCUCAAACCCACCUUCCAUCAAGAGGCGGGCGCGGAGAUCUCAUCUUGCAGCCCCCGUGACAAGCCUCGUAUUCGCUCCAGCAAAGUGCAAGAGGGCAAGAUGUCCCGGAGAACUGCACAGGCCACCCCAGCCACUGAAGACUACACAUCUCGAGGACCAACCCUAGGCUGGGGCUCCAGUGAGGAAUGUGGGGGGGUGGGAACGUUAAACGGUGCCCUGGCGGAGCGGACGGGCCAUCCCGUCAGAGAUACGUGUAACACGCCGUCUUACUGUGACCUAGGAAAGUCUGCCAAGGAUGUCUUCAGCAAAGGAUAUGGGUUUAGCAUGGUCAAAAUAGAUCUGAGAACCAAAUUAUGUAGUGGAGUGGAAUUUUCUACUUCUGGUCAUGCUUACACUGUUACAGGGAAAGCAUUAGGCAACCUAGAAACCAAAUACAAGAUUUGUGGCUACGGGCUGACCUUCACCCAAAAGUAGAACACAGACAAUACUUUGGGGACAGCAAUCUCUUUGGAGAAUAAAUUAACUCAAGGGUUGAAACUGACUCUCGAUACCAUAUUUGUCCCAAACACAGGAAAGAAGAGUGGGAAACUGAAGGCCUCCUAUAAACAGGAUUGUUUCAGUCUUGGCAAUAAUGUUGGUAUAGAUUUUUCUGGACAAACCAUCUAUGGCUGGGCUGUGUUGGCCUUUGAAGGUUGGCUUGCUGGCUAUCAGAUGAGUUUAGACACAGCCAAAUUGAAACUGUCACAGAAUAAUUUCACCCUGGGUUACAGGGCCGCAGACUACCAGCUGCAUACUCACAUGAACGAUGGCAUUGAAUUUGGAGGGUGGAUCUACCAGAAGGUGAACAAGAAGAUUGAAACAUCAAUAAACCUCGCGUGGACAGCAGGCAGGAACAACACACGUUUCGGCAUCGCUGUUAAGUACAAGCUGGAUUGUAGAACUUCUCUAUCUGCUAAAGUAAAUAAUGCCAGCCUGAUUGGACUGGGUUGUACUCAGGCCCUUCAACCAGGAGUGAAACUGACCCUGUCAGCUCUCAUCCAUGGAAAGAACUUCAGUGCAGGAGGACACAAGGUCGGGCUGGGAUUUGAACUAGAAGCUUAAUGUGGUUUUGAAUAAAGCAUCAGCUUUGUCCCUGGAGGUGGAGAGAAAUGAACCCACUAUGUUUUGGCCUUAAAAUUCUUCUGUGAAGUUUCAAAAGUGUGAACUUUUUAUUCUUCCAAAGAACUGUAAUCCUCCCCACACUGAAGCCCAGAUAUCGAGUCCAUCCUAAGGGAGGUGCUUGAAGGCAUACCCGGAAGUUGUCAUGUUCGUGCCACAUU